AACUCACAUUCGAAAUUGUCAACUCACAAUGGAAAUUGCCAACUCACAAUCGAAAUUGUCAACUCACAUUCGAAAUUGUCAACUCGCAAUCGAAAUUGUCAACUCACAAUCGAAAUUGUCAACUCACAUUCGAAAUUGUCAACUCACAUUCGAAAUUCGAAACAGUUCUAUUGGCAAUCUAUUCGUGUUGCCGUGCUAUAGUGUCCCUAACCUGCUUGCCGCACGCAGACACACGACGCUUGCGUACCUAUUUUUUUAACUGCCUGGAUUUCACCACAGAAGAGAUAUAAACAAGUCUGUAUUAAAAAAAAAUUAAGAUGAGCAGAGCUCAUAUGUUAUACGAUGACAAGGCAAUCGACAAAGUUCUGAACGUGAAAUGGCAGGAGAGGUGGUCAGAGGAAACAAUAUUUCGGUUAAAACAAGGCAAUGGUUUCAUUAUUGAAGGAAAAGUCAAGGCUAAGUAUAAAGUUGCAAUUAACGAAUCUACUUCUGGUAAAAUAGUUGGUCAGUACAGUCUACUACACCUAGAAUUUAUCAGGGCAUAUAAACGAUCAUUUGAUAAUUCUAGUUGUGAAAUUGAGCCAUGGAAAUCUGGCACAAAGAAAGUUAACACUGGCCAUUUGAUGUCUUCAUAUAAGACUGUUGAUGUAGAGACAUCAGCUAUUAGUCUGCAGGAGUUGAUGGUGCUUCUUAAUGUCCCAGAAUUGGAUGGUUACUUGCCGAAACUGGAAACAAACACCUUGCAAGUAUUUUAUAAGAAAGGCAGUUUGGGAAAUAUUGAAGCAAGCGUUGGUGAGAGGUUCCGUCUAAAGACAAAAGGAGAUGGCCCCUACAUUGAGUAUAUUGCAAGACUUGAUGAAGGUCAUGUUAGUUCCUCAGAAUAUGAGAGAGAAGGUCAGAAGUCAUGGACAGACAAAAUUAUGUCAAUGAAGGGACAAGAGUUUCAGACAUCAGACCAACCUGAUGGAGUGGAUGAAAGUGAAUGGGAUGACUAAUAUUAAUAAUGAUUAA